CCGCCGCCUCCUUCCCCACGUGCAGAGGGGCGCCAUGGGCAGCCUGGUGCUGGAGGACGGGACGGUGCUGCGCGGGCGCCCCUUCGGAGCCGCCAGGGCCGCCGCCGCCGGGGAAGUGGUGUUCCAGACGGGCAUGGUGGGCUAUCCCGAAGCGCUGACGGACCCCUCCUACAAGUCUCAGAUCUUGGUGCUGACGUACCCCCUCGUCGGCAAUUACGGCGUUCCUCCAGAGGAGCUGGACCAGUACGGCCUCAGCCGGUGGUUUGAGUCCCGCUGCAUCCACGUGGCUGCGCUGAUUGUGGGCGAGUGCUCCCGAAACCCUAGCCACUGGAGCGCCACUCGCUCGCUUGACCACUGGCUGCAGGAAGAAGGGAUCCCUGGCCUGGAAGGUAUAGACACCCGGGCGCUGACCAAGAGGAUCCGGGAAAAGGGGACUUUGCUGGGCAGGCUGGUGCCGGACGGAGCCCCUCACUCUCACCUGCCCUUUGAGGAUCCGAACAGGAGGCACUUGGUGAAAGAGGUCUCCCUGCAAGAGCCCCGGCUGUUCAAUCCUGGCGGCUCCGUGAGGAUCACGGCCAUCGACUGUGGCCUGAAGUACAACCAGAUCCGGUGCCUGUGUGAACGUGGCGCCGCUGUGACGGUGGUGCCCUGGGAUCAUCCGCUGGACAGUGCAGAAUUUGACGGGCUCUUUGUCAGCAACGGCCCCGGGGACCCACAGUCCUGCCAAGCGACGGUGGCCAACCUGCGCCUCAUCCUGGAGCUGCCGACUCCCAAGCCGGUCUUCGGCAUCUGCCUGGGCCAUCAGCUGCUCGCUUUGGCCAUCGAGGCCAAGACCUACAAGAUGAAGUAUGGGAAUCGCGGGCACAACCAGCCGUGUCUCCACGAGGGCUCGCAGCGCUGCUUUAUCACAUCCCAGAACCACGGCUUUGCGGUGGACCCGGCCAGCCUGCCCCCGGGCUGGGCCCCGCUCUUCACCAACGCCAACGACCGCUCCAACGAGGGCCUCGUCCACGUCUCCAAGCCCUUCUUCAGCGUGCAGUUCCACCCAGAGCACAAUGCGGGCCCGACGGACCUGGAGUGUCUCUUUGACGUCUUCCUGGAGACUGUGCGGGACACGGCUACCGGAGAGCAGAGCUCCAAGCCAGUGUCUGAGCGCCUGCAGCACUGCCUUCGCCCCACAGAAGCCCCGCCUGCCUGCAAUGCCCCCCGUCCUCACAAGGUGCUCAUCCUGGGCUCAGGGGGCCUCUCUAUAGGGCAGGCGGGUGAGUUUGACUACUCUGGCUCCCAGGCCAUCAAAGCCCUGAAGGAGGAGAACAUCCAGACGGUGCUGAUCAACCCCAACAUCGCGACCGUGCAGACCUCCAAGGGCCUGGCCGACAAGGUCUACUUCUUGCCCAUCACCCCUGACUACGUUGCCCAGGUGAUCAAGAACGAGCGGCCGGAUGGGGUCUUGCUGACCUUUGGAGGGCAGACGGCUCUGAACUGCGGUGUGGAGCUGACCAAGGCCGGCGUGCUGGAGCGCUACCACGUGCGGGUCCUGGGCACCCCCGUGGCCUCUGUGGAGAUGACAGAGGACCGCAAGGUCUUCGUGGAGAAGAUGGAAGAGAUCGGGGAGCACGUGGCGCCGAGCGAGGCCGCCUGCUCCUUGGAACAGGCGGAGGCAGCGGCUGAACGGCUGGGCUACCCGGUCCUCGUGCGCUCGGCCUAUGCCCUGGGCGGCCUGGGCUCCGGCUUUGCCAACGGUCGGGAGGAGCUGACGGCACUGGUGAGCCAGGCCUUCGCCCACACCUCCCAGGUGCUGGUGGACAAGUCGCUCAAGGGCUGGAAGGAGAUUGAGUACGAGGUGGUGCGCGAUGCCUACGACAACUGUGUCACGGUGUGCAACAUGGAGAACCUCGACCCGCUGGGCAUCCACACCGGGGAGUCCAUCGUGGUGGCCCCCAGCCAGACGCUCAACGACCGGGAGUACAGCCUGCUGCGCACCACGGCCAUCAAGGUGGUUCGGCACCUGGGCAUCGUUGGCGAGUGCAAUAUUCAGUAUGCGCUGAACCCCGAAUCCGAGCAGUACUACAUCAUAGAGGUGAACGCCCGCCUCUCGCGGAGCUCGGCCCUGGCCAGCAAGGCCACCGGCUACCCCUUGGCCUACGUCGCCGCCAAGCUGGCUUUGGGCAUCCCUCUGCCUGUCCUCAGGAAUUCCGUCACCAACUCCACCACGGCCUGCUUUGAGCCCAGCCUGGAUUACUGCGUGGUCAAGAUCCCGCGCUGGGACCUCAGCAAGUUCCUGCGCGUCAGCACCAAGAUUGGCAGCUCCAUGAAGAGUGUGGGGGAGGUGAUGGCCAUUGGGCGGAGCUUCGAGGAGGCCUUCCAGAAGGCGCUGCGCAUGGUGGAUGAGAACUGUGUGGGCUUCGACCACACUGUGAAACCGGUCUCCGACAUGGAGCUGGAGACCCCCACGGACAAGCGCAUCUUCGUGCUGGCGGCCGCGUUGCGCGCCGGCUACUCCAUUGAGCGCCUUUACGAGCUCACCAAGAUUGACCGCUGGUUCCUGCAUAAGAUGAAGAACAUCGCGGACCACGCGCUGUGCCUGGAGUCCUACCGCCAGGCUGAGCCGGGGGCCAUGCCGCCUGCAGUGCUCAAGCUGGCCAAGCAGCUGGGCUUCUCGGACAAGCAGGUGGCUCAAGCUGUGCUCAGCACGGAACUGGCUGUCAGGAAAAUGCGGCGUGACCUGAAGAUUCUGCCCAUGGUGAAACAGAUCGACACGGUGGCGGCAGAGUGGCCAGCUCAGACCAACUACCUCUACCUGACCUACAACGGGACCGAGCACGACCUGGCCUUCCGGGAGCCGCACGUCAUGGUCAUUGGCUCCGGCGUCUACCGCAUCGGCAGCAGCGUGGAGUUUGACUGGUGCGCCGUCGGCUGUAUCCAGGAGUUGCGCAAGAUGGGCUACAAAACCAUCAUGGUGAACUACAACCCCGAGACGGUGAGCACAGACUACGACAUGUGUGACCGACUCUACUUUGAUGAAAUGUCCUUCGAGGUGGUGAUGGACAUCUAUGAGCUGGAGAGUCCCGAAGGGGUGAUUCUGUCCAUGGGCGGGCAGUUGCCCAACAACAUUGCCAUGGCCUUGCACCGGCAGCAGUGCCGCAUCCUGGGCACCUCCCCGGAGGCCAUUGACUCCGCCGAGAACCGCUUCAAGUUCUCCCGCCUCUUGGACACCAUCAGCAUCAGCCAGCCCCUCUGGAAGGAGCUCUCGGACAUGGAGUCGGCCAAGCAGUUCUGCUGUAAGGUGGGCUACCCCUGCGUGGUGCGGCCUUCGUAUGUGCUCAGCGGGGCCGCCAUGAACGUGGCCUACACGGACAGCGACCUGGAGAGGUUCCUGAGCAACGCCGUGGCCGUCUCCAAGGAGCAGCCGGUCGUCAUCUCCAAGUUCAUCCAGGAGGCCAAGGAGAUAGACGUGGAUGCCGUGGCCUCUGACGGGCAGGUGGUGGCUAUCGCCAUCUCUGAGCAUGUGGAGAACGCCGGCGUCCACUCGGGAGACGCCACGCUAGUGACGCCACCGCAGGACAUCACGCCCAAGACCCUGGAGCGGAUCGAGGCCAUCGUGCUGGCCAUUGGGCAGGAGCUACAGGUCACGGGGCCCUUCAACCUCCAGCUCAUUGCCAAGCACGACCAGCUGAAGGUGAUCGAAUGCAACGUGCGCGUGUCCCGCUCCUUCCCCUUUGUCUCCAAAACGCUGGGCGUGGACCUGGUGGCCUUGGCCACACAAGUCAUCAUGGGAGAGGAGGUGGAGCCCGUGGGGCUCAUGGCAGGCACCGGCAUCGUGGGGGUCAAGGUCCCCCAGUUCUCCUUCUCGCGGCUGGCAGGGGCCGACGUGGUGCUGGGAGUGGAGAUGACCAGCACAGGGGAGGUGGCCUGCUUCGGGGAGAACCGCUGCGAGGCCUACCUCAAGGCCAUGCUGAGCACCGGCUUCAAGAUCCCCAAGAAGAACAUCCUGCUCACCAUCGGGAGCUACAAGAACAAGAGCGAGCUGCUGUCCACCGUGCGCACCCUGGAGAGCCUGGGCUACAGCCUCUACGCCAGCCUGGGCACGGCUGACUUCUACACGGAGCAUGGCAUCAAGGUGAUGGCCGUGGACUGGCACUUCGAGGAGGCCGACGGCAGCGAGCUCCCGGGCAAGGAGAACCAGCAGCGCAGCAUCCUGGACUACCUGGCGGAGAACCACUUCGACCUGGUGAUCAACCUGUCCAUGCGCAACUCGGGCGGCCGCCGCCUCUCGUCCUUCGUCACCAAGGGCUACCGCACCCGGCGCCUGGCGGUCGACUACUCGGUGCCCCUCAUCAUCGACAUCAAGUGUACCAAGCUCUUUGUGGAGGCCCUUGGCCAGAUCGGGGGGCCCCCUCCCUUGAAGAUGCACGUGGACUGCAUGACCUCGCAGAAGCUCAUCCGCCUGCCAGGACUGAUCGACGUCCACGUGCACUUGCGAGAGCCCGGGGCCACCCACAAGGAAGACUUCGCGUCCGGCACCGCUGCCGCCCUGGCUGGCGGCAUCACCCUGGUGUGCGCUAUGCCCAACACGACCCCGGCUGUCAUUGACACCGGCUCCUUCGCUCUCGUGCAGAAGUUGGCUGAGGCAGGGUCCCGCUGUGAUUUCGCGCUCUACGUGGGCGCCGCCUCCGACAACGCUGGCUCUCUGGGGCUGGUAGCCGGUGCAGCUGCCGGCCUGAAGAUGUACCUAAACGACACCUUCUCUGACCUCAAGAUGGACAACGUCUCCCUCUGGAUGGAGCACUUUGAAAAGUGGCCCAAGCACCUUCCGAUUGUGGCCCAUGCAGAGAAGCAGACCGUGGCUGCCAUCCUGAUGGUGGCCCAGCUGUACCAGCGCCCCGUCCACAUCUGCCACGUGGCCCGCAAGGAGGAGAUCCUGAUCAUCAAGGCGGCCAAGCAGAAGGGCAUUGAGGUGACGUGCGAGGUGGCCCCCCACCACCUCUUCCUGUGCCAAGAGGACCUGAGGCGCAUUGGGGAGGGCCGGGGCCAGGUGCGGCCCAUGCUGGGCACCCGGGAGGACAUGGAGGCGCUCUGGGACAACCUGGACACCAUUGACUGCUUUGCCACGGACCACGCUCCACACACCCUGGAAGAGAAGCUGGGCAAAGACCCCCCUCCCGGCUUCCCUGGCCUGGAGACCAUGCUGCCCCUGCUGCUGACGGCCGUGUCCGAGGGGCGCCUCAGCGUGGAAGACAUCGUCCAGCGCCUCUACGAGAACCCCCGGCGGAUCUUCGGGCUGCCCGUGCAGGAGGACACCUACAUUGAGGUGGACCUGGAGCAGGAGUGGCUGGUGCCCACCCACACGCCCUUCAGCAAGUCCCGGUGGACGCCCUUCGAAGGGAUGCGGGUGAAGGGGACGGUGCGGCGGGUCGUCCUCCGUGGGGAGGUGGCCUACAUCGACGGGCAGGUUCUUGUACCCCCAGGCUAUGGGCAGGAUGUGCGGAAAUGGCUGUGCACGGCGCCACUCGCAGCCCCAGCCAAGGAGAUCCUGAAGACUCCGGAGCGCCCCCACCCCACUGUGCCAACGGAGGCCCUGCGUGGCCGAGCGUCCAGCCCCCGGCGAGCAGGCCCAGUGGGAGAUGCCCGGUUCUACUUGGCACCCCGGAUCCACCGUGCCUCUGACCCUGGGCUGCCAGCUGCUGAUCUCAGGGAAAAAGUUGUCAGGAAAGUAGCUGAGCCGGACCUGUCCGUGGUCCAGGACGGCCCGCUGUACCUCGCAGGGCCCCUGCCCAGGCAGACGUCCCCCCAGAGCCUGCCGCACCCUCAGACGUCGCCGCUUCUUCACCCGCUUGUGGGGCAGCACGUGCUGUCGGUCAAGCAGUUCACGAAGGGCCAGAUGUCUCACCUGUUCAACGUGGCACACAACCUGCGCAUGAUGGUACAGAAGGAGCGCAGCCUGGACAUCCUCAAGGGGAAGGUGAUGGCCUCCAUGUUCUACGAGGCGAGCACGCGCACCAGCAGCUCCUUUGCCGCCGCCAUGUUCCGCCUGGGGGGCUCCGUGCUGCCCUUCUCCGAGGCCACCUCCUCCUGCCAGAAGGGCGAGUCGCUGGCGGACUCGGUCCAGACCAUGAGCUGCUACGCCGACGUCCUGGUGCUCAGGCACCCCCAGCCGGGGGCCGUGGAGCUGGCCGCCAAGCACUGCCGCAAGCCCGUGAUCAACGCCGGCGACGGCGUCGGAGAACAUCCCACCCAGGGGCUGCUGGACAUCUUCACCAUCCGUGAGGAGCUGGGCACCGUCAACGGCAUGACGAUCACCAUGGUGGGCGACUUGAAGCACGGGCGCACGGUCCACUCCCUGGCCCGCCUCCUGACCCUGUACCGCGUCAGCUUGCGCUACGUGACCCCACCCAACCUGCGCAUGCCGUCAGACAUCUUCCACUUCGUGGCCUCCAAGGGGAUCAAGCAGGAGGAGUUUGAGAACAUCGAGGAGGCCCUGCCGGACACGGACGUGCUCUACAUGACUCGGAUCCAGAAGGAGCGCUUUGCUUCCGUCCAGGAGUACGAGGCGUGCUUUGGGCAGUUCAUCCUGACGCCGCACAUCAUGACCCGGGCCAAGAAGAAGAUGGUGGUGAUGCACCCCAUGCCCCGCGUCAACGAGAUCAGUGUGGAGGUGGACUCUGACCCCCGCGCGGCCUACUUCCGGCAGGCGGAGAACGGCAUGUACAUCCGCAUGGCUCUGCUCGCCACCGUGCUCGGACGCUUCUGACCGCUGACCGCAGCUUGGGCGUGACGGGAGGUUUGCUUUUGGCCCUGCUUCAGGCCUCCGGUGGCCUCGGCCGGCGCCCGCCUGCUGAGCCCGUUUCGGCCACGGCCACUCCGUGCUCCU